AAUGAAAUACUUAAUUCGAGCAAAGAAUCUAUAAUUAGGGUUAAUUGAUUUUGCCGCCAAAAUUCAUUUCUCUAUCUUCUCCGAUUUCAAAUUCUUAUGAAUCGCCAUGGACGCGUUAUGUGAAAUCUCACCUUCCGCCACGAUUCUGUAGAACGAUAUCAGAUACUCGGUGAUGAGAAGAAGGAAUCAGCGAACGAAAGCGGACGAAACCCUAAAGAAGACCGAUCCACAAAUCGGAUUCAAGUUUACUGAUCCUUGGAGCUCUCGAGCAAAUUCAGAUUUGAAACGCAGGAGAAGGGUGAGUUUCGACGAUGUUGAUCAUCGGAGUCCCUUGAACGAAUAUCAGGCCGGAGGAUCGAUUGAUGCCAAGACCUCGGAGUUUGCGUUCUUUAACAAGUUAAAGUCUGGUUUUGGUCACUGCUCUGAAUCCUAUGAUUCUAAACCAUCAAAUAAAGUUCAGAAAAUUCCUAAAAUCUUCGAAUCUAGAGUCAAGCCAGUAGAACAUGCAGGAACGGACUGCGACGAUAAUGAUAGAUCCAAGAGCUAUAGCUUCUCCACACCCAUUCAUAGUGCCAGACGUGGGUCGUCUAUGUCACAUGCCAACUUGACUCAGAGGGAUAGAGGAAGAGAUAAUGGGAAAUCUUCUUCAUCAUUCAGUGGAGAUAAGGACACAGUUCCAAGUGGUAACAACCUGAGAUCUGGAAGUGGAGGAAUCAGUGAAGAGAAAGGAGAUAUAUUCUCUGUGAAGAGAAAGAAACUGCAUCAUUUGGUCAAAGAUACAUGGUUUUCUGAAAUCCCUGAGCUUACCUCAAACGGGCAUGAUUUAGUUUCUAUACUCCUAACUCGGCUGUUCCCUAGUACGGAGGAGACACAGCCUUCUAGGUUUUCCAAGGAGAGGACGGAUAGAGUUAAAAGAAGAACGUUUGUUGAUUCUCCUGGCUCAAAGUUUCUCAAGAGGUCUUAUGAAAGCUAUACAGAAGUUGACCACAGUCUGCAAAUGGAUAGGGACAGAUUGAUCUCUUGGCAGGGAUGGCUGGAAAAUAACAUUACCCCGAGGCUGCAGUAUCCAACAGGUCAUGUUCAGAGCAGUUUCAUCCCAAGAGAUCCCGAAGAGAUUAGCUUUCCCAUCUUAUAUCCUAAGGAAUCGGUUUAUCAACCUCUACUGUUGAAACAGAAGGCGUGUCUGUCGCUUCCUUUUGAAGAAAAUUUUGACUGUUCUCCCAUAUCUAGCCUCCAUUUUAGAAACUACAAGCCUCUUUCAAUGGAUUAUCACAGAGGAGAAACUGGAUACAGCUCAGAGGACUUAUCACACGAACAUAGAGAGCCUUCAUCGGCAUUACUUCUCGAGUGGAAUACUGAAACCGCAAGCACCAGAAAGACAGAUGAUUUUCCACUUAGUUAUCGCACAAGACUCAUCACGUAUCCAACUGCAUCAUCCUCAUCUUUGACAGAUAAUCCAUGGAACUCUGACUUUUCUUCAUCCCAUGAUUUGGUUACGAAAGAGCUGUACCCUUUACCUCUGCUCUCUCAUUACACUUCAGGCAGUUUCCUCUUACCAGCAACGAACCAUGCCAGCCAUUUUGAGCAUGAUGAACUCGAGAGGUAUAUUAUUGGUGACGAAGACGUGGUUGCUGCAAACCAGAAUCUCCACACAUCUCACCGCACAAAUAGCUCAGAUUGUUUAACAAGAGACUACAUAAACUAUCAUAAUCUUUCAAACUCUCCUGUGGAUCAUUGUCCUUUUAAAGUCCCUGGAUGUGAAAUAGUAUCCUUUCCAUUUUCCAGCAUCAGCAAUUCAAAUAUGUUGGAAGCGUCAAGUCCUAGACAGAGUGAUCGUUUUAAGUCUCAUGACUGGAUCCCCUCUCAGUUUCAGUCACCUCAAGUUUGGAUUGAUUCAUAGAGUGGCUAUGAGCUUAAGGCAGCAAAAGAAGAACUACUUGAACCGAGUUUGAUUGCCACAGGUCAGCAUCACUCUUACUUACUAACACUGAUUUUUGAAGAUUGUGUGGCAUGUCAUAGUUCUGCACUCCUUUAAGUAACACAUUUAUGUUAGAAGACAUAGGAAUCGAUAGUAUCAGAUCUUGUCCGAACUACAUUACUGAUGAAUUGAUUGAAAGAGGUGUAGAUGAACGAUAUGAAUCAAACCAACAUAGACUGAUUAUAUGGUUGAGAUGUUAAAAGAUCUUUAUACCAAAGUUAUUCAUGGGGACA